CAUUUCGCAAGAUCAACAGCUGUUUGAUUGUCUCUUCUUCCUGUUGGCUCGGCGUUCUCUUUUUCGUGGUUUGAUCGGUGACUGCGAAAUUUUGGACUAUACUCACUAUUCUUAGCAGUUUUGUUUUCGAGGCGUUUGUUUUUAUUUAUGGCAAUUGAUCGACCAGUAGGAAUAAUUGAAUCCACCGAUUGUUUAGUAAAGUGUGACCUGAAAAAAACUUAAAUUUACUUCUUUGUUGAAAAUUACUUACGAGUUCGAUGUGAUACAAACUUUAUGGUGUGAAACGUGAAAGCUCAGAAUAAAUUCAAUAAGUCUUGGAAAAUGGUAUAUAUCUAGUGAUAUUUUGGAAUAGGCUGAUAUUUAUACAAAAUAUAAAUAAAGUUGAGAUAUUUUCAGUAGUUAGCAGCAUAAUAAAAUGACAAACAAAAACUAUCCUCAAAGCAACGGAUCGCAGCAACAGCAGUCGGUGAAUCUCAAACAUGGCAUCAGCAAUGACGCGAUGUCCGUGUCCAGUCACAAGGGCUCCAAGGAUGUCAUAAACGUAAAGUUCAGCAAAGCACCGGAGAAAGCUUUCAGCACCGCCAGCAGUUACAAACCGGUUUCAUACUUCAAAUUGUUCCGUUUCGCUACAUGGGGCGAAAUAAGUACGACCAUUCUUGGGGUGCUAUUGGCCUCGUUUGCAUCGUUGGGACUGCCCUACGGUGUCAUACUGUACGGUGAGUUCACGACGCUGCUGGUAGAUCGGACCAUCGGAAUCGGAAAGUCUACCGAUACAGCAAUCCUAUCCAUGUUCGGCGGAGGACAAAUUCUAAUCAACGCCAGCGUCGAAGAGAAUCGCGAGGCCAUUCUAGUGGACGCCAAAGCCUUCGGUUUGGGCGUUAUAUUCGUGUCGGUAGUACAGUUCCUAGCCGCUGCCUUGAGUAUAGAUGUAAUCAAUCGAUCGGCCAAUCGACAAAUCAGCCGAAUAAGGCAACUGUUUCUACAGGCGGUCCUGCGGCAGGACAUGACCUGGUACGAUCUGAACAGCGAUGACAAUUUUGCGGUUCGCAUCACUGACGAUCUAGACAAGCUGAAGGAAGGCAUCGGAGAAAAACUUUCCAUUUUCACGUACUUGGUCAUGUCUUUCACCAUAUCUGUGAUAUUUUCGUUUUUCUACGGCUGGAAGUUAACGCUUGUGAUAUUGAGUUGUGCCCCAAUUAUUAUAUUGGCAACUGCUAUAGUGGCUAAGAUGCAAAGCUCACUGACGGAGAAAGAGUUGAAGGCCUACUCAGCAGCAGGUACGGUUGCUGAAGAAGUUCUUGGCAGUAUACGAACCGUUGUGGCGUUUGGAGGAGAACGGAAAGAACUGGAACGGUAUAAAGGUCGUCUAGGUGCCGCAGAAGAAAAUGGUCGCAAGAAAGGUCUUUUCUCCGGUAUUGGAGGUGGUAUCAUGUGGUUCAUCAUCUACUGUUGUUAUGCUUUGGCCUUCUGGUAUGGAAUCAGUCUUAUCCUGGAGGACCGCGGAAAAGAUGUGAAAGACUACACUCCGGCUGUAUUGAUCAUUGUGCUGUUUGGUGUGUUAGCUGGGGCUCAGAAUCUUGGCUUGUCGUCUCCUCAUUUAGAAGCCUUCUCCACCGCAAAAGGAUCGGCAGCAUCAAUUUUUUCUGUGAUCGAUAGAAUCCCCACUAUUGAUUCCCUGAGCGAUAGCGGUCUAAGGCCACUGUCGUUUACAGGAAAUAUCAAAUUCACUGAUGUCCGAUUCCGCUACCCGGCGCGCAGCGAUGUCCAAGUAUUACAAGGUUUGGACUUAACUAUAGAGGCAGGAAAGACUAUAGCACUAGUGGGACCAUCCGGUUGUGGAAAGUCCACUUGUCUGCAGCUUAUCCAGCGGUUGUACGAUCCCCUACACGGACAUGUAACCAUCGAUGGAAUUAAAGUUAAUGAAUUGAACAUUAGUUGGUUGCGUUCCUGUAUUGGUGUAGUUGGUCAGGAACCGGUUCUGUUUGCUACCAGUAUAGCGGAAAACAUUCGCUACGGAAAUCCCGAUGCCAAUCAGAGUGAUAUAGAAAAAGCUGCCAAAAUUGCUAAUUGCCAUAGCUUCGUAACUAAGUUGCCGAACGGAUACCGAACGAUGAUUGGGGAACGAGGCGCUCAGUUGUCCGGUGGACAGAAGCAAAGAAUUGCCAUAGCACGAGCAUUGGUUCGUAAUCCGAAAAUCCUACUGCUGGAUGAAGCCACCUCCGCGCUCGAUCCAAACUCCGAAAGACGUGUUCAGGAUGCUCUCGAGAAGGCCAGUCGUGGCCGGACAACUUUGGUGGUAUCCCAUCGAUUAUCGACAAUAACGAAUGCCGAUAAGAUUGUAUAUAUAGAUAAGGGAAUAGUCGCCGAGCAGGGGACCCAUGAGGCACUGAUGGCGAAAAAAGGACUGUAUUAUAAUCUAGUAAUCGCUAGUGGUGCACUCAAACAGAAUGAUGAUACGGUCAAAUCGGCUGAGGAUGAAACCAAUCCCGUGGGGCCGAAGAGCGAAUCUGCAGAUGAUGCUUAUUCCGAUGACGAAUCGGAUGAAAGUAAAUCCGGAGAAGUGGUGGAAGAAGAUUCCGAGGAUGCCUAUCCGGUGUCUGUGUUUAGGCUAAUGAAACUCAAUUCUCCCGAAUGGCCAUAUAUCUUGUUUGGGUGUGGUGCAGCCAUGGUUGUAGGAGCUUCGUUCCCAUUGUUUGCCGUACUGUUUGGUGAAAUGUAUGGUAUCCUAUCGGUAGCCGACCCGGAAUAUGUCAAGGAGGAAUGCAAUUUCUAUUCGUUACUAUUCCUAUUACUCGGUGUUAUUACUGGUAUCGGGACAUUCUUCCAAACAUUCCUAUUCAACGUGGCCGGAGUUCGACUGACGGCACGGCUUCGACAGAAAACGUUCAAAGCUAUUAUAAGUCAGGAAAUGGCGUGGUUUGACGAAUCCAACAACGCUGUCGGGGCACUAUGCGCUCGUUUGUCAGGAGAUUGUGCCAGUGUUCAAGGUGCAACGGGAACGCGCAUCGGGUCACUGUUACAAGCUGCUUCUACUAUUUGCAUCGGAGUUGGGAUUGCUCUGUACUAUUCGUGGAACUUAACGCUCGUUUCGGUGGUUGCCAUUCCGAUAGUUUUGGGAUCCAUUCUUCUUGAAUCUCGGUACAUGGAAUCUAGUGCUUUGAAAGAGAAGCAAGCCCUUGAAAGUGCCAUCAAAUUAGCAGUGGAAGCCAUUUCCAAUAUCCGUACAGUUGCCAGCUUGGGCCAGGAGCCAUACGUGCUCGAGCGAUAUAACACAGAAAUUGUCAAAGUUGAUGCUGCCUGCAAGAAAAAAACUAGAUUGAGAGGCACGGUAUUUGCCCUGGGACAAAUCAUGCCAUUUAUGGGAUACGGAUUGGCUCUGUUUUACGGUGGAAAACUUGUUUCGGAAGCACAACUCCAAUACAAAGACGUGAUCAAAGUAUCCGAAGCACUUAUCUUUGGCGCAUGGAUGCUGGGUCAGGCUUUGGCUUACGCACCGAAUGUAAAUUCUGCCAUGCUGUCAGCUGGACGUCUUAUGAAAUUACUAGAUCGAACUCCAAAGAUGCACAAUCCGUCGAACACAUAUCGUCAGAUUUCUCAGAAACACGAAGGCAAUAUCAAAUACAACGAUGUCGAGUUUCGUUAUCCCACGAGACCUACCAUUCCUAUCCUUCAAAAGUUGGAUUUGGAAAUUAAGAAAGGUACCACGGUUGCCUUGGUUGGACCUUCCGGAUGUGGUAAAUCUACCUGCAUUCAAAUGCUUCUUCGUUAUUACGAUCCCGAUAAUGGCAAAGUGGACAUUGACGGAAUCACCACAACAGAAUUCCCGCUCAGUCGAAUCCGGUCCCAAAUGGGUCUCGUGUCGCAGGAACCGGUUUUGUUCGAUCGAACCAUAGCGGAAAACAUUGCCUACGGGGAUAACAGUCGGGACAUUCCGAUGCCGGAGAUCAUCGAGGCAGCCAAAAUGGCCAACAUCCAUGAGUUCAUCGUGAACCUACCGAAAGGUUAUGAGACCAGCUUGGGCACUAAAGGGGCACAGCUCUCGGGCGGUCAGAAGCAACGAAUCGCCAUUGCUCGUGCGUUAGUUAGAAAUCCUCGAAUACUGCUGCUGGAUGAGGCAACGUCUGCGCUGGACAAUCAAAGUGAAAAGAUCGUACAGAAUGCACUUGACCAUGCUAGAAAGGGCAGGACUUGCAUAAUCAUUGCCCAUCGGUUGACGACAAUUCAGAAUGCCGAUAUGAUAUGUGUCAUUCAAAACGGUGUGGUCGUGGAAAGCGGGACUCAUGAUGAACUAAUGGCGCUUAACAGGCUUUACUCGAAACUGUAUACCAUGCAACAAGUGGCUUAGAGUGCACUUAAGAGUUCACGUGCUCAGUAUUGAACAUUAUUUACAAUCGAUCGAUGAAAUCAGAAGACUUAACGUGCCGUAAUGGAUGUAUGUUUCAGUACAUUCGCAAAAACCUGUAUCGCAUAUCGAUUUUAGGCGUGUCUCGGCGAUGGAGGUAGCGAGAGGAAUUUGUGCGUAGAAAUAAUUUAGAUGUGAUAUUUAAACGCCUCCUUAUAACAUAAUUGACUUUUAACUUAUUCAUUAUGAAACGAGUUCUUCAUAUUACCAAAUCGAAACGUUAAUGUCCUAUUAAUACUAACGAAUAAAUCAUUGAAUUUUAUAUCACUUUGAAUGUCGACAGGCACUGAACCCGUUUUUUAUGGAUAUUGUUUAAAUAGUUUAGUAUCCAACUAUGUCGUCAUAAAGUAUUGUAAGCAUUUCACCUAUGAUCAAUCUUUUCAAUGCAAUUGACAGAAUCCUACUUCAAAUUUGUAAGAGUUGUUGAAAAUUAUUAGCUUUGAAUGUUGAUAGAUGACGCCGUUUUUUGAAGAAAAUACACUGCAUAGUUUUCUUAUUUAUUUAA